UCGCCCGUUCGAUCGAGUACGAUGCAGUUAUCGGUUCGCUUGUUAGUGAUCCUUGGUACGGUGUUGCCGAUCUGCUAUGGCACGUAUGUACCAAUAUCCCAGGCCACAGUGGAUGGUCUAUCGAUCAAAUAUGCGGACAAGGAGUUCCUUGUAAAGCAGAAGUUCUUCUUCGAGAUUCUACGCCAUCUUCAUCAACCGAUCGCAUUUGAAGAGUAUCUUCCAUUUACUGGCCGUUGGGUGACGGAUCCAAACAAAUAUGCGAACUAUACCGAAGUGAACGAAUUUCUGCAAACAUAUCAACAGGGUUUGCUGCGAAAGGGACAAAUCUUUACCAUCUACAACUACUGGUACGCUAAACAGACCCUGCAGUUGUACCGAUUCUUGGACAAUGCGAUCGAUUGGGAUACGUACUACAAGAACGUUAUCUGGGCACGCCAUAACAUCAACGAGGGAAUGUUUCUCAGCGCCCUGACACUUUCUGUGCUGCACCGUAAAGACCUGCAGGGUAUUAUUUUACCGGCCAUCUACGAAAUAUAUCCACACUACUUCUUCGAUGGUGAUGUGUUUCACGAUGCUGCCAACCGGCGCGCCAUGGAUCCAAUGUAUGGUUUCCACACGAACAAACGGCACAAUUUGGCAUUGUCUAACUACACUGCCACGUUUGCGACACAGUUUUACGGUGAAGGAUCACUAUCGUACUUUACGGAGGAUGUUGGAUUGAACUCGUACUACUACUACUUCAUGAUGGAUUAUGCACCAUUCCUUGGCGGUGAUAAGCUCGGCUUGAAGAACGACCGCAGAGGCGAGCUGUAUCUUUUCAUGCAUCAGCAGCUUCUCGCACGCUACUAUCUCGAGCGUAGCUCCAACGGUUUGGGUCCGAUUCAGGAGCUUACCUGGGAAUCCCCAAUUGCAACCGGGUACUAUUCGAUGCUACGCUAUUGGAACGGUGUACCGUUCCGAUCGCGCGAAAGCAACUUCCUUUGGCGCCCGUACGAUCCCAUUAAGCUGGGCGGAUUGAAAGCACAUGAGGAACGUGUUCGACAGGCGAUCGAUCUGGGUUACGUAGUGACGCGUGACGGUCAGCAGAUCAGCUUGCGUCAACCGGAAGCCAUCGAUAUCGUGGGCAAUCUCGUGAGCGGCACCGUUGACAGUGUGAAUGUGGAUUACUACAAGAUGAUCGAAACGACGGCACGAAUGAUAUUGGCACAAGGAGACUACUAUGGAUCGGCAAGCGAAGUUUGGCCGGGUGUGCUGAUGCACUACGAGACAUCGAUGCGUGACCCAGUGUUCUAUCAGUUCUACCAGCGACUGUUGAGUUUCUACUGGGACUUCAAAAGCUAUCUGCCACCGUACACCGUCGAUCAGCUAAAGUUCGAGGGUGUCGAGAUCAAGGGAGCAUCGGUAGAGAAACUGAUCACGUACUUUGAACCGUUCGAUGUGGACAUUAGCAAUGGGCUAGGCUUCAACUAUGGUGCAGAACAAUCGACGUGGAAUUUCAGCGUGUACGCAAGAAAGCAGCGCCUCAACCACAAACCUUUCAGCUACGUGCUAAACAUUAGCUCGCAGUUUGCUGGCAAGGGAGUGGUGCGGAUGUACAUGGGACCGAAAAUGUUCCAACUGAGCCAGCUGCAGUAUAUGAAGAAACUUUUUGUCGAAAUGGAUCAAUACAUGGUAGACCUGGUAGUAGGUGACAAUCAGAUCAAGCGAAAUACACGCGAGUUCUACUACGAUAUUCGCGAUAGGACGACGUACGCCGAGCUGUACCAGCGUAUCAUGCGUGCUUACAAGGGCGAGGAACAAUUUGUGCUCGAUAUGUCCGAGGUACAUUGCGGUUGGCCAGAUCGAUUGCUUCUGCCAAAGGGGCACCCGAACGGAUUUCCGUUGAGUUUCUUCUUUAUCGUGACGCCCUUCUAUCCGCCGAAGGUGGCGCAGUUUUCCAGCUUUGAUUCCACGUACACGUGUGGUACUGGGUCGGGUUCGAAGUACAUCGAUGCACUACCGUUCGGAUUUCCCUUCGAUCGCGAGAUUAACUUUAGUAAUUUCGCUACAAAAAAUAUGCUUUUCAGUGAUGUGCUCGUAUACCAUGUCGAUGGAAAUCAAACGAAUGAAUCGCACUAAUGACAAAAGGGAGGAUCAAAUAAGCGAUGAGACGAUGAAGGAAAAACAUAAAUGUUUAAGCUUUAACCUAUUAAGUUGCGAAGAUUGUUUGCGAUAAAUAAAGUUGCAUUGAUUUGAUUGAAAUCUUAAAUAAA